GAAAUCAACAAACAAAGAAUAUUCAAAGAAAACGUAAGGAAAAUCAAUGUAAUAAAUUGAAUAAAUCUGGACAUAUAGCCUCAAAUUUAUUGGCUUGGUCCAUCUUAACUCAACAUCUAAAAAAAAAAUAAAUAAAUAAAUUAAAUAAAUUGUGUAAAAGAUAAAUCCUAAGGUAUAAUUUUCACAAGAUGGAUUUUGUUGAUAUGCUGAAUGUCUAUGACGGAGGUGGCCAACGUCCAAGUGCCCAUUAUUCACCAAAUUUCGGUGGCUUUAACAUAGGUUCCUCCAGUGAAUCGGAUUACAUGGAAUUGGUACCUAUAUUAGCAGAUGGAGGCGAGAAUUAUGGAGUCUCGGCAGUAGCUUUUGAUGAUUAUGAAGAAUUAUUAUGGAUGGGUAACCAAGGAGGUCAUGUUACAUCUUAUUUUAGUAGCAGCUUGCAAAAGUAUACCUCAUUUCAAGUGCAUGCCAGCGAUAUAGUGCGGCAAAUUGAUACAAUGGAUGCGGGUAUAUUGGUUUUAACUCAAACCUCUUUAAGACAUCAAAUACGGAGAGGUAUUCCCAAAUUUACGCACAGAUCGAAAAAUUUAACGGAAAUGGUUUGCAUGCAGCAAUUGUCACCACAUCGCCUAAUAAUGGCCGGACUACAAGAAGAAAUGAUCGAUUUUGAUUUAAGAAGCUUAAAGGAAACAAAUUUGGAAAAUGUUGGCUCUGCCGGUUGUACAGUUUUGCGACAAAAUUCUCGUCUUCUUUUCGCCGGCGAUCCAUUUGGUACAGUUACUUUGCGUGAUUUGAACUCUUUGCACGUUGAGCAUACGAUCAAAACUCACACGGGAAGUCUGUCUGAUUUCGACGUUCAGGGCAACUACCUAAUAUCGUGUGGUUAUAGCGGACGUCAAAGUACUUUAGCAAUUGAUCGUUUCUUGAUGGUCUACGAUUUGCGAAUGUUGCGCUUGGUUUCGCCUAUACCAGUUUUAGUGGAUCCACAAUUAUUGAAAUUUUUACCCUCGCAAUCUUCACGUUUAGUCGUGGUCUCCAGUUAUGGCCAAGUACAGUUAGUCGAUACCGUCGAGUUAAGUGAACCACGCGUUUCAAUGUAUAACAUUAAUAACAGCAGUAGCCAGUGUGUACUAAGUUUUGAUAUAAGCUCUUCGUCGCAAGUAAUGGCAAUCGGGGAUCAAUCUGGUCAUAUAAGUAUUAUAGCUGCGGUAAAUACUCCCCAACCACAAUUUAAUGCUUUCUCUCGUGAUACGGAAUUUGCUGAUCCAGUACCUCAAUUACCCAUCGUACCUAUUACUGAUACCACAUUCCCCUUAUCAUCAAUAGUUUUGCCGCACUUGGUUACGGGGACACGUUACUUCUCCGAUUGGCCGGCCGAGCUAUUGCGUUAUCAAUAUCGCCGUCCGAAACCAAUAGAACAGGAAGUUUUGAACAACAUGAAAAUGCAAGGACCGAUUGGAUAUUCACCCAAUCCGCGCACCCAGACGCGUAAUCAAAUACCGUAUAUAACUGAAUGUCCUAAUGCUGGAAGUGCAGGGGCGGGCAAUAAUUUAACUAGCGUUGUUAAAUCAUCCGAUAACAAUGUUAAAAUUAUACCACGACGUUACCGGAAAGUCGACUUGAAGUACUCGAAGCUGGGUACGCAAGAUUUCGAUUUUGAACAACACAAUCAGACUUGCUUUGCAGGUUUAGAAGCUACACUACCCAACUCUUAUUGCAACGCGAUGCUACAAAUCUUAUACUUUAUAGAACCUUUAAGGCAGAAACUAAUCGAACAUAGCUGCUCUAAAGAGUUUUGUUUAACUUGUGAAUUGGGUUUUCUGUUUCAUAUGUUGGACAAGAGUACGGCUUCUACACCUUGUCAAGCUAGCAAUUUUUUGCGUUCAUUUCGCACCGUUCCAGAGGCUUCAGCUCUUGGAUUAAUUCUAUCCGAUCGAUCCUCUAAUGUUAACUUAAUAAGUUUAAGCCAAAAUUGGAAUCGAUUUAUUUUGCAUCAAAUGCAUUAUGAGAUUUUGGAUUCAUAUAAGAAUAGCCGAUUCAGUAAUCUUAUAUAUGGACAAAGCCCUUACCUUAAACCGCCUAUUUUGCCUACAAAUGCUUACAUAGAAGAUGAUAUGGAUCCAAUGAAAUCUAACGGAGAUAUGUUUCAAGUUAUAGACGUGAAAAGCGAUGAAAGCAUAAAAGAUGAUGAACGCGAACGUAGCAAAAUCAAUGAAGAGACCGAAAUUAGUAAAUUAUUUGGCACAAAACAAAUUACCAUUAACAGAUGUCUUAAGUGUAAUGAAGAAAAAUCGAAACAAAGCAUUUUGUUAACUUGUAAUCUAACAUAUCCCGUACAAAUGCCUGGAAAAGAUGUUGGGGAAUAUUUUAAUUUCGGCACCAUACUUAAAGGUUCAUUGAGUUCCGAAAAAAAUAUUCAGGCAUUUUGUGAAAAGUGCAAAAAGUUCUCCCCUACCAAGCAAAGCGUUAAGGUUAGCGGCUUACCACAAAUUUUGGCCAUUAAUUGCGGUUUGAGUAAUGAGAAAGAUCUGGCUUUUCUCCGCAAACAAUUAAAUCGUAAUAAUACUCAUAAUUUGACAGAAAGUCCGGCCACUUUAAAUACGAAUAAGCCUUGCCGUUAUGGCAUCAAUUGUUCACGCAGUGAUUGUCAUUUUUUACAUCCCGAUAGGAAAUCUCCUUCGAAUGUAAAUCAAACACCCAGCAAUACGACUACUUCACCUUGUAGUCGCCAAAAUUCUUGGUUUCCAUUGUACUUUUCGAUGGCGAUCAAUGAACAGCAGGGCGAACUAAGCGUACAAACUGAUAGCAGUAAUACGAAAGGCGAUGAGGCGAAAUAUUUAUCCGAAAGCGGUACAACUAAUGCAUCGAAACAUUUACUACACAAGUUAAAGAUUUUUAAUCAAGAAAGCUAUCGGGAAUAUUCUCUGCACGCGGUGGUGUGUCAAGUAGACGAUGGCACACAAAAAAAUUUAGUCUCUUUGAUAAACGUCAGCAAGAAAUAUCAUACCUUAAAAAUGGAUAAUAAAAGUGCGACUGACGAACAACCCCAAUGGUAUAUAUUCAAUGAUUUCUGCAUAUCACCCGUUUCAAAUCAGGAAUCUGUUUGGUUUACAUUAGAUUGGAAAGUCCCAUGCAUACUAUUUUAUAGUAAUCUGGAUAGUGAUAAAAGCGAUAUGGAAAAAGAGAUUUUAAAAACUAAGGACAUAAAUCCACUUGAGUUGCAACCUUUAUUUAAUCCUUUUAUACAAGAUAUAUUAAAUCCUUUACAAGUGAAUAAUCCAAGUGAUGUUCUCUUUAAACCAUUGCAGGCGAAUGAAAUGCCGCAAGCCGGUGAUUUGGUAGCUAUGGAUGCUGAGUUUGUCACUUUAAAUCCCGAAGAGAAUGAAAUCAGACCAGAUGGCAAAACAGCAACCAUAAAACCAUGUCACCUGAGUGUAGCGCGUAUUUCAUGUAUACGCGGACAAGGGCCAAAUGAAGGGAUACCGUUUCUUGAUGACUACAUAUCAACGCAGGAAAAAGUGGUCGAUUAUCUUACGCAAUUUUCGGGCAUAAAACCGGGCGAUUUGGAUGCAAAUUUCAGCAGCAAACGUUUAACGGCACUAAAGUAUUCAUAUCAAAAGCUCAAAUAUCUUGUGGAUGUCGGUGUUCUAUUUGUAGGUCAUGGUCUGAAAAACGAUUUUCGCGUUAUUAAUAUAUGCGUACCGUCGGAGCAAAUAAUUGAUACCGUACAUUUAUUUCAUAUGCCACAUCAUCGUAUGGUCUCGUUAAGAUUUCUGGCUUGGCAUUUUCUGGGCACUAAAAUACAAUCGGAAACUCACGAUUCAGUCGAGGAUGCACGGACUACUUUGCAGCUGUACAAACAUUACUUGCAAUUGCUAAAGGAUAACAAAUUCACGACAUCAAUUAAAGCUUUAUACGAACGCGGCAAGCAAUUGCAAUGGAAGGUACCCGAAGAUUAGAAUGAUUAUGAAUCGACUACAAGGCUACAUAUAUAUAUAUAUAGAUAUAUAUA